AUUUUUUUCCUUCCUUCUCAUUUUUCUUUCCCUGCGUCUUCUCUCUCUCUCAAACUCCCCACAAACCCUCAUUGUUAACUCCUUAAUCGGAGCCCAAAAUUCGAGAAUCUCGCAUAAAAGCAAGAAACAAACGUGAUCUACGGACAGAGGGCUACACAUUGAACCAAACGAAAUCUAAAUCAGCCAACUUUGGAGUUCCUAGCAAUUUCGCCAUUUUUGGAAGUUUCUCUCUCUUUUGAGAUUGGGUCGUGACAGAGAGAAUGGAGAAGUCAGAGAACAGCGACCGAUCUGAAUCAGCAGAACCGAUACUUCCUUGCACCCACCGCGACACAACCACCAACCAAAUCAACCACCAUCACCACAACAACCCCCCUAAUUCCUUCCCUUCGUCAUCGCGACGGCCUAGCUGGCCCACCGUCGACGGAUCUCUCGGCCUGUCGGAGGAAGAAUCGACUGCGUACGCCCGAAGGUUCUUCAAGUUGGGAUUCUUUCUCCUUCCGUUUCUUUGGGCCGUCAAUUGCUUCUACUUCUGGCCUGUCCUCCGCAACUCCCAUUCCUUCCCCCUCCUUCGCCGCCAUGUAGUUGGAUCAGCAAUUGGUUUCACGGUGUUCGCAGCUAUCAUCUCAUCGUGGGCCCUCACAUUUUCCAUUGGAGGGGAGCGUCUCUUCGGCCAUGUUUGGGAUGACUUGUUGAUGUACAAUGUUGCUGAAAGAUUUGGGUUGACAGGUUGGAUCUAGUUGCAUGCCUCCAGUAUUCAUAUGCCUGUGAUGUCGUAUCUGAAGAGUUCUUGUAUAUUCAUUCCCUGAAGCAAUAUACUCAUUUGUACCUUAUAAUGAAAUUGCGACAAUAGUUAGAAACAUAUUUAACUUUGCCUGAAAGGGUACUGGACAACAUGAACACGAGUUUCUAUCCCGAAAA